ACAAGGGAGUGAACGAGGUAAACUGCCGGCGCCGGCGGGUAAUCUCGAGCAGGCUGCGGGACCCAGCCCGACCUGAGCAUCGAAGCCACCCGGCUUGUCGCCUCGGCGCUCCGUCCAGCCAGGGCCACUCUCCGCCGGGAGGCGGGACCUGGACGCCGGGUGUCCAUAACAAUGGAAGCAGUGUCUCUCGGCCAGAUUCCUUAUUGCUGUAUCUCAUGUGCCUAGCUGAUCUCGAGGAAGAGCCGUAUUUAAUGAUGACAAGCCUGUCACCAGUAUAGCAACAAGAAGGGAAAGGACCACAAAUAAAGAAGUAUUUAGAUUUCUAUUGCACAAGGAAGAUAUCUCCGUGAACAGCCUCUGCUGCACUACCUUUUCCCAAGAUGAACCGAUACACAACCAUGAGGCAGCUGGGGGACGGCACCUAUGGGAGUGUGCUCAUGGGCAAGAGCAACGAGUCCGGGGAGCUGGUGGCCAUCAAGAGGAUGAAGAGGAAGUUCUAUUCUUGGGAUGAGUGUAUGAACUUGCGAGAAGUUAAGUCCCUGAAGAAACUCAAUCAUGCCAAUGUGAUUAAACUAAAAGAAGUUAUCAGAGAAAAUGACCAUCUUUAUUUUAUAUUUGAAUAUAUGAAAGAAAACCUCUAUCAGCUAAUGAAAGACAGAAACAAACUGUUCCCUGAGUCAGUCAUCAGAAAUAUUAUGUAUCAGAUACUGCAGGGGCUGGCCUUUAUCCACAAACAUGGCUUUUUUCACAGGGACAUGAAGCCUGAAAACUUGCUUUGUAUGGGUCCAGAGCUGGUGAAAAUUGCUGAUUUUGGACUCGCAAGAGAAUUGAGAUCCCAGCCACCAUAUACUGACUAUGUGUCUACCAGAUGGUAUCGUGCUCCUGAAGUUUUACUAAGAUCUUCCGUGUACAGCUCCCCCAUUGACGUGUGGGCCGUGGGAAGUAUAAUGGCCGAGCUAUAUACAUUUAGACCGCUUUUCCCAGGGACAAGUGAGGUUGACGAAAUAUUUAAAAUUUGCCAAGUGUUAGGGACUCCCAAGAAAAGUGAUUGGCCAGAAGGGUACCAACUUGCAUCCUCCAUGAAUUUCCGCUUUCCCCAGUGCAUUCCUAUAAAUCUAAAAACUCUCAUCCCCAAUGCCAGCAGCGAGGCUAUUCAGCUAAUGACAGAAAUGUUGAGCUGGGAUCCAAAGAAACGACCAACCGCAAGCCAGGCAUUGAAACACCCAUAUUUUCAAGUCGGUCAGGUAUUGGGCCCUUCCGCACACCAUCAGGAUGCAAAACAGAUUUUAAACAAGCAGCUGCAGCCACUGGAACCAAAGCCAUCUUUCUCUGAACGGGAUCCUAAGCCUUUGCCAAACAUACUUGAUCAGCCUGCUGGGCAGCCCCAACCAAAACAGGGCCACCAACCACUGCAGCCUGUUCAACUACCACAAAACACAGUGAUCCAGCCACCUCCAAAGCAGCAGGGUCACCAGAAACCACCACAAACGAUGUUUCCAAGUAUCAUCAAAACCAUGCCAAUGAAGUCAGUCAGCACACUGGGCCAUAAAGGAGCUCGGAGACGCUGGGGCCAGACGGUCUUCAAGUCUGGAGACAGCUGUGACGACUUUGAGGACUGCGACUUCGGAGCCUCCCAUUCCAAAAAGCUGAGCAUGAGCGCCUUCAAGGAAAAGAAGAAAGAGUCUUCAUUUAGGCUCCCAGAGUCGGGACCCCCAGGCUCCACCCACUCCAAGGGGGAAAACAGGAGUUUACACGCGGCUGUUUCCCUGAAGUCCGAUACAAACUUGUCAACCGCUUCAACUGCUAAGCAGUACUAUUUGAAACAAUCAAGAUACCUCCCAGGUGUGAAUCCCAAGAACGUGUCUUUGGUAGCCGGGGGCAAGGAUAUUAACGCACAGGCUUGGAAUUGUCAACUAUUUCCUAAGUCGUUGGGAUCCAUGGGGACGGAACUUGCCUUCAAGAGGAAUAAUACAGGAACCCUUGGAAGCUACACCACUUACAACCAGACAGGAUACAUGCCUUCCUUUCUCAAGAAAGAAGUGGGGUCAGCUGGCCAGAGGAUCCACUUGGCACCUCUUGGUGCGACGGCUUCGGAAUAUGCCUGGAACACAAAACCUAGCAGUGGCCCGUUUUCAGGACGAACUUACAAUCCCACAGCAAAAAAUCUCAAUAUCAUGAACCGCACACAGCCAGUCCCCUCGGUGCACGGGAGGACAGACUGGGUGGCUAAGUACGGAGGCCACCGGUAAGAGGGGUGGACACCCUGAAACAUCACUCCGCAGAGGACUGUCCAGCCCCUGACCCUGGGAGAUGUCUACAGAGUCUAUUUCUACCGAGUUCCCCAAGAAACACACCACUGUGGGUACCUCAAAGAGCAGAAGUAGGCUCCCGUUUUCUUCCUUUCCUGGAAAUACAAUGCGUUUUCUUAACUCAUGGCCCACAGUGCUGAUGCAGCACUGUG